AUGAACAAAGAGCAAUGGGAAUUCCUCCUCGGAGACUGGCAAGAUUGUCGAGAGAGUGGCAAAAGCUAUGCCGUCAGCUGGGCAUCAAGCAACUCCGAGUGCUUGACUGUGAAGACGAUCACGAAAGGCGGCCGUAACUUCACAGUCCGCGCGACCUUCGACAAGAACCACGAUUGCCUGCACUGGCCAAGCAAGAAUGGGGGCUUCACGUUGAGCUUGGCUGACUGUGGCGAUACAGUGAGGUGGCGUUACAAGUCCACCCACGAGCCAGCCAACGAGUGGAUGCGUGUCCAGGAGGUCGGAGAACGAGCUCAGCUUCGGCGUAAGCGACCGCUCGAAGAGGAGCCAGGCGACCCUGACACUCUCUGCAAAGUGCUUCCUCCGGGCCUGGACCUGGAGUCAUUGGAGCUCGACAAAAGUCAUGUCUUCUUCCAGAUCGUGACCUGCGGCAAAGAUCGCUACAUGAGCCAUCACAUGCAGGAGCAGGCCAUUGUCUUCGACGUCAGGAAUUUCAAGGAUCCUGCGGCCGGCAAUCUGAAGCACCACGACGGACGCCACGAUGAGAUUAUCGAUCGGAUCCGGCGGCAUAGCGCCUUCCCGGCCUUGGUGGCCUCCCUGCGCACCCGGAUUGCCCAGGAGUUGCAGCUGUCAGGAUCGACCUCCAUCAAGGUUGUGUUUUACUGCAAGUCUGGACGCCACCGCUCGGUGGCCUUUGGAACCAUGUUCAAGUACAUCCUCCUCUACGAGGACUUCCGCAACGUGCAGCUCGAACAUGAGGGCAACUAUGAUGGUUUUGUGUGCUGCGGCUGUGACAGGUGCACUAGCAAGACUGCAUUGCGUCUAAAAGCCUGUGAAGAUGUCCUUCGCGACUGGAAGCGGAUGAGCUCAGUGGCACAGGCUCGGAAGGCACAAUCAAGUCACAACAGGCAGAUGAAGGCUACUUGGCUCAAGACUGUGACUUCGUGUUUUCCAAGUGUCUCUGUGUGGAAUUGGCCGUGUUGUUGUUCCGUUUUGGUUUGUUUGGCUUGGGUUGCACAUGAAUCUGUGAGAAGCGCUUGUUUGGUUGGGUUGGUCUGCGGUUGCUUCAGGCUGUAA